AUGAUACAAACUCUGCAAAAUUCAAACCCGCAGCAAAGCGCGGGCAUAUUUCUAGUUCUGAUAAAAACACUCUACCACCUUAACACGGCCGGGUGUCCCAACAACAACAACAGCAGACGCAAAUUCCAUCUCUCCUGCAUUUCCAAUACUGGUUUGGUGCCCACCUGCAAAGGUAGGCAUGCUUGCAAAAGUUUCCCCUCACUGCAAGUCUGGUACCAAUUCUUCUCGACAGCUACAAAUACUUUGCCUUUUGUAUCAGAUGGCUUUGGAAAUGAGACCAGAAGAGUUGAUAUCGGUCAUCUAUUUCAAUCCUGCACAAAACUUCACCAUGCAAAGCGUCUCCAUGCUCUUCUUGUGGUGUCAGGAAAAGCUCAAGAUAUCUUUCUUUCUGCCAAACUUGUCAAUCAGUAUGCUUACCUUGGUGAUGUCUCAUUCUCACGCCGCGCUUUUGAUUCGAUGCCUAGAAAGGAUGUCUAUACCUGGAAUUCGAUGGUAUCAGCAUAUGUUCGCAGCGGACGUUUCCAAGAAGCUGUUGAUUGUUUCUCUCAAUUUUUGGUAACCUCUGGUCUUCGACCUGAUUUCUACACAUUCCCUCCUGUCUUGAAAGCAUGUGGGAAUCUAAAUGUUGGGAAGAAGAUCCACAGUUGGCUCAUAAAGCUGGGUUUGGAAUGGGAUGUUUUUGUGGCUGCUUCCUUGAUCCAUAUGUAUUCACGGUCUGGAUUGAUUAGCGUUGCUCGUAAAUUGUUUGAUGAGAUGCCAUCCCGGGAUAUGGGUUGUUGGAAUGCAAUGAUUUCUGGGUUUUGUCAGAAUGGGAAUGCAGCGGAUGCAUUAGGUGUCUUGAUUGAAAUGAGAUCGGAGGGUGUAAAGAUGGAUCCUAUUACUGUUGCAAGUCUACUGACUGCUUGUGCACAAUCAGAUGAUUCCUUAAGUGGGAUCCUGAUCCAUCUGUAUGUUGUAAAGCAUGGACUAGAGUUUGAUCAGUUUGUAUGCAAUGCCUUGAUUAACAUGUAUGCUAAAUUUGGUUGCUUGGGACGUGCCCAGAGGGUUUUUUAUGAAAUGGAGGUAAGAGAUUUGGUGUCAUGGAACUCAAUAAUUGCUGCAAAUGAGCAGAAUGGUGAGCCAAUGGCUGCGCUAGGAUUCUUCAACAGGAUGCAACUAUCUGGAGUUAAGCCUGAUUACUUGACAGUAGUGAGUUUGGCUUCGAUUAUAGCUCAAUUAAGUGAUGCUGAAAUGGGUAGGUCUGUUCAUGGAUUUAUUUUGAGGAGAGACUGGUUCAAGGAAGAUGUUGUUAUUGGGAAUGCAGUUGUGGACAUGUAUGCAAAGUUGGGUGCUAUAGAUUCUGCACGUACUGUCUUUGAAAGACUUCCUGUCAGGGAUGUGGUUUCGUGGAAUACUUUAAUCACGGGUUACACUCAAAAUGGCCUUGCAAGUGAGGCAAAUGAAGUUUACUGUAUGAUGCAAGAGUGCGAAGAAAUAAUUCCAAACCAAGGAACUUGGGUUAGCAUUCUACCUGCACAUACCCAUUUAGGGGCCUUGCAACAAGGGAUGAAAAUUCAUGGGCGGGUGAUCAAGAACCGUCUUUACUUGGAUGUAUUUGUGGGUACAUGCUUGAUUGACAUGUAUGGAAAAUGUGGGAGGCUAGAUGAUGCAUUGUCGUUAUUCUACCAAGUGCCCAGAUGUCCGGUCGCUUGGAAUGCCAUGAUUUCCUGUCUUGGCGUUCAUGGGCAUGGCGAGAAAGCUGUGAAGUUAUUCAAAGAUAUGAUUGAUGAGGGGGUUAAGCCAGAUCACAUAACCUUUGUAUCUCUAUUGGCAGCUUGUAGUCAUUCAGGUUUGGUCAAUAAGGGUGAAUUGUACUUCCAUAUGAUGCAGAAAGAGUAUGGAAUCAAGCCUGGUUUAAAUCACUAUGGCUGCAUGGUAGAUUUGCUUGGCAGAGCUGGGCAUUUAGACAAGGCAUAUAGUUUUAUUAAGACUAUGCCUGUACAGCCUGAUGCUUCUGUAUGGGGGGCACUACUUGGUGCUUGUAGAAUACAUGGUAAUGCUGAAUUGGGGAAAGUUGCUUCAGAGGGCUUGUUUGCUGUUGAUUCGGAGAAUGUGGGCUACUAUGUUUUGUUGUCAAAUAUAUACGCAACAACCGGGAAAUGGGAAGGUGUGGACAAAGUGAGAUCUAUGGCUAGAAACCGCGGACUGAGGAAGACUCCUGGGUGGAGCUCAAUAGAAGUUAACAAUAAAGUUGAUGUCUUUUAUAAUGGGAACCAAACGCAUCCACUAUGCGAACAGAUAUACCAGAAGUUGGGGGAACUAACUGAGAAAAUGAAGAGCCUUGGUUAUGUUCCUGACUUCAGCUUUGUGUUGCAGGAUGUCGAGGAUGACGAAAAGGAGCAUAUCCUCAACAGUCAUAGCGAGAGAUUGGCAAUUGCUUUUGGAAUCAUUAGCACACCUCCUAAAACCCCUAUCCGAAUCUUCAAAAACCUGAGGGUUUGCGGUGAUUGCCACACUGUGACGAAACUCAUAUCAGUAAUUACAGAGCGGGAGAUCAUUGUGAGAGAUUCAAACCGCUUUCACCAUUUCAAGGAUGGAACUUGCUCUUGUGGCGAUUAUUGGUGAAAAUUGGAAUCGAUAGAACAGUUGUGUCAUUGCCAAAUGGGCAAGAGGCUCAGACCAAAAGAGAAAAUGUACAAGAGGCUUCAACUGCAACCAACUGAUGCUUAGAUGUGAAGGGAAGCCAGCAACAAACAACAUUAGCUGUUGAUGAUUUGGCUUCCACCUCAGUUGUGAUUCAUUCACAAUUGCCAGCUUGUUUUCAGUCACCUUGCUUCACUUUGAGAUCAUGAGAAAAGGAAAAGAAAACCAAAAUCCAAGCAGUUUUUGUGUUACAGAUGUUUAUUUGAUUAAAAUAGUCCUGCUCUGAGGUGGCAUUCCACCAAACCUUUUAUCUAUAACAACCUUUCCCCCCAAAUCCACUCCCCCUAAUCUUACUACGAAAUCCACGACGUGGUGUACAUUGACGGCGAGUUCAUG